AUGAAAAUUCCGGCCGCAACCAUUCGCCUGCUUCAGGCAAAUAUCUGGCAUCACCUCGAGGUGUCCUGGCAACCCAUCCAAAAUGAAGGUCUCAAAGUCUGGCUAGAUGGACAGGUUUUAGUGCACCAGGUUGCCCAGACGAUGGAGAAGACCACUGCCAUCCCUGAAACUUACGCCUAUCUUCCAAACGCUGCGUCUGCCAGUGGCACUGCGGCAGUCGAGAUUGCCGACUGGAAGGUGGAACCAAUGGCCGAGGGUGAAGUGCAUGAAAUUGAAUCUCUCGCCGACACAAGUCAGUUCCAUCUAAAGCUGGUGGAGAUAUUUCCCGCAAGCAGAUGGAAUCUUAUCAAGAUUGGCCAGUGGCCUGAAGGUAAGUUGCUGAAUUCCUCAAACCAAUUCUAUAGCUUCGGUUGA